AGAGAAUACCAUACUGCGCAAUCAUGACUUUGGAAAGGCAUUUUUCCAAAACAAUUGAUUUCAUUGAGAACAAUGAAAAAUUAAUAAGUUGUCAUUUGGUUGAUUUUUUUACCAAUGAUUUGUGGGAAAAAUGUAUGCCGAACAAUUUAAUAUCCUAUGUGGAAAAAACAGGUUGUAAUAGUUUGGGUGAGAUUCAACAGUUUAAUGUUUCAAACACCUUGGAUGAAGAAACAAUACUCCAUUCCUAUUUGAAGGACUCUGCAUCACUGAGAUUGGAGAACUGCAGCAGUGCUAUCAGUCGAUCUGAAUUCAUGAAAAUUCUAAACAGCAAACCACAGAAGAGUGUUGCUCAACCUUUGCGAAUGGAACACAUGAAAGCCAAAAAGUGGCAUGAAGUUGAAAUAUUUACAAAAACAGUUGCUUGGCUUGUCAAGGACGAAUCGUGUAUUGUUAUUGAUGCUGGAGCGGGAAAAGGAUACUCAUCUGCACAUUUAGCAAACCAUUAUGGAUUGCCUGUAUUAGCGGUUGAAUGUUCUCAAGCCAAUCAUAUAGGUGCUUUGAAUCGCUGUGAUCUUGUAAAUAAGAAAAAUAAAAGCACCGAAAUACCGAUUUGUUAUGAGAUAGAAGAAAUAAGUGAAAACACAGAUUUUUUAAGAAUGGUAGAAAAACGUUUUCCAGAUUUGUACAAAAAGAAAAAUCUUACAAUGGUUGCCUUGCACGGCUGUGGCUUAUUAUCUGAUUGUGUUGUCAAAGCAUUUUUAAAAACCAAUGAGAUAAUACACCUAUGUGUUGUUCCUUGCUGUUAUCAUUUAUCUUCAAAAUUACUCACCAGUGAGUACGAAUUAUGCAAAAACUCGAGAAUGUUAGCCCAACAGUCCAAAGAAAGAAUGAGAGAAAAAUCAUAUGUACUCUCUCCAUCGCUGUUUUAUAGGGCUGUUCUUCAGGUUCUACUUCGAUUUAUAGGCGUUGUUGAUUAUAGAGUCGGACGUGGAGCACCAUCUGAUAGCUUUCUAACUUAUGCAAAAUGGGUUUUAAAUAAAAUUGACAAAUCAAAGGAUCUCUCGGACGAAACAAUCGUAGCGAUGUACAAAAAAUACGAAAUUUACCAAUGGAAAUUUAAUUUUUUCCAAUUGCUACGGAUUCAGCUCGCACCGAUUGUCGAAGCUGCCAUUUUAUUGGAUAAAUAUUUAUUUUUGCGACAAUCAAAAAUCUGCGCGGAUCUUCAAAUCGUGCAACUAUUCGAUCCACUCGUAUCGCCCAGAAGUUGGGCAAUCAUCGCGACAAAAUAAUUUUUUUUUUUUUCUUAGAAUACUAGUAUUGUCAGCAAAUCAAACGAAUCGUAAAAAUGCAGGUAAUUGAAUCGCUUUUAAAUUGAGCUGCAAAAAUUUUUAUAUCAUCAUUA